AUUAAUUUCCGCACUUUUACAGCUAGAACAAGCUGGCUCAUCAAAUUGGCGGAUGAAAGAAGAGCAGCCGCUUGAUUUUGCGGGACCAACAACUGUUUCAUCAGCUUUGUCAAAUAAUAACCGAGCAACACAGCCAACAGUGGCAAGCACUCAUCCUUCUACAACAAUUUGCCAAGGAUGCCUGGAGAUCAAAAAAGAAGUGCAAGAAAUGAAACAGCAUUUCGAGAGGAAUAUGCAAGCUCUUAUCAAUCAGGUUUGCGCUGCAACCGGUGGUGAACUGGGAAAUACUCUGGCGAGCUCUUCGUCAACUCCUCGGAAGAAUGCAGUAACUCCUGAAUGUCCCGUUGCAUUGAGGCCAUUACCUACGUUGCCAAGCCCAUUGUUACAAUGGAAUCCAUGGCUCUUUCCAUCACUGUUACAACAAACGAGUCCAAUUUUGCCACCGAAUCUACAGGAACAGCUACAGCUUGGUUCAGUGAAAAGAUGGAAUUCAUCUGGUCUCGAUCGAAAAUGCGACUCAAAUGGUGAUGCACAAAUUGAUCCCGUAAGCAUUGACAACAACAACGAUAUAUGCUCAGCGCCCGUUUCUGCUACUACCAAGAGUGUCAUUAGCAAUACCGAUAAUGCAGCGCAUGUGUUCGCCUCGAAGUUAGAUUCCCUCUCUUCACUCAAUCCUUUGCUUCUACAACAACAGUUGUUACAACAGCUGGUUGUGAAUGGUCAGGGCCAUUUAGGACAGUCGUCAUCAACGCAGUUGCAUCACAUACAACAGCAAACACGGCAAGAACAACAGUCUAAACAGGAUCAUCCUACACAAGUUCACCUAAGUUCCGCGAAUGUCGUUGAUCAAACACUAAGCUGUGGUCUUCCGGCUCAUCUGGAAACAUUAACUGGACGGAAUCAACAAGCCCAUCAACACUUGGUUCAGCAGAUGUUAAACAGUAAUCAGAGUUCGCAAAAUACAUUAGUACGACAGCAACGUCAACAUCUUACUACUGCUUCACCAUGUCGAAAGAAGCCUGUGUCAGAUGACUAUGUGAAGUUCAUACGUCAGAAGGGCAUUUCUCAAAGCAGCAUUUCAGAUAUAAAAAUUCCGGUGCCCCAAGCUUAUCUUUCAGAUCCAGGUUUUACACCUUGUAGCGAAGAACAGAUAAUUCAUCAGUUUCAUCAGAAUCGUCGCUGUGAUGACGAUGUGCGUAAGGCAAUGGCCUUUCUUUCGAAAAUGUUGGCCGAAAAGCGGGUAUUUGGUACCAAGUUAAUGGCACAAACGACCGUUGCUGGUCCAAAUCAUUCAACUUACAAGAAUCUUCCUGAAGAAGGAAUUCACUAUAUUGCUUAUGUGUGUCGUAAAGUGAUGAUGCAUCGAAUCCCUAAUGAGGAUGAAUUUUGGGAAGUGUUUCGCGAUGUGACACGUAAACUAGCCGCUCGUUGUCGGCGUGUGCGGCAUUCGAAGAAGACAAGAAGUGAAGAACGUGAUGCCAAACGACUUCGUGAAAGUAGUGCUAUAGAGCAUCAUCGUCAUCAUCAUUUGCAAAUUAGUACCACGGAUGCUGUUGUUGUUGAUAAUGAUGCUUUAAAAACUGCUGCUCCGCUCGUUUCCAAUUUGAAAGGUAAUGCGACUGAUACUUUUAAUACAGCUCUGGAGCAUCGUUUGCAAGUUAAUGAGGAACACCUGAAAGGCAUCCAAAGUACCCCUUUACAGGCCUCAUUUAAGCCUGACACUAGCGUUGCCUAAUAUCUCUUUGCUUUUGUUCUAAUUUAGGACAUGGAACGAUUUAACUCAUCAAUUUUUUUUUCUUGAUAUCUUGUCUUUUCAGUAUAUUUUAAACCACAGUUUCCAGCUCCAGUUAUGUAAUUGUUAAUCAGAUUAAUAAUAACGGUGACUGUUGCUAGUUGGAACCAGUAGCGAAUUAGAGAUUCUCCUUCCUGGAAUUUUAAAUCCGUGUUCAGGUAGAAAACAUUUUCUGCUAGUUAAACUUGGCACACAACAAACAAGUCAAUUUUUUCGGCAGUCGCACUAAUGACUUGUUGAUUUGUGCUGUUUUUUAGCAUGCGACCAACUGUGGUGCUGCUUGUUACUGUUCACCUCUUUGUUCUUUUCAGGGAUGUUUUUUAACCAAGUUACGAUUCUUUUGUUUUCUUGACUUCACCUCAGGUGUUUUUUCCACUUCAGGUACCAACUCAGGUCCAUUUUUCUUAUCUAUUUUUCGUUCUUUUUGAAUUUAUCAUUAGACCAGUUUUGCAGAAAAUUGUAUAUUAGAUUCAAACUAAUUUUUUAACAAAUUCUUCGCAUUUUCCUUCGCGAAUGCUUUGCUCUGUUCAGUUGAACAAACUCGGUGUGUUCUUUUAUAUUUCAUUAUGCUAUCAUUAUGUUAUGAUUUGUUGGAAUUUUUUAUCAUUUGCUUUUACCCCGUUACGAAAAACGUCAACAGGCCAA